UGGUACUUGAGUUAAUGUAAGGUGUACCCACAGCUGCGCCUGUUGGUAGUGAUGACCGUCGUGACGGUGGGUCUUGGCUCUAGCAUCCUUCCUGUCACUCCCAGCUGUGUCUUCUGGUGCAAUUUCCCAGCCGCUGUCAACGCUGGUGCCAGUUACUGCUGCAUUAAUUCAAACCAUAGAAUUGUCGAAAAUACAAGUCGAGAACCCCAUGCAGGUAGAUGUGUAAUCCAUACCUUCUGUGCCAGAGGCGACUUUACACCGCCUGCCCCUAUCAGAUGCGGUCAUGAUGACUAUUGUCCCUACCACGAAAAAUGCUGCUAUGACGCCUGUCUGAAGCACCACACCUGCAAGGCUCCAAUUUUCCAUUAACUCCUUGCACAAGAUCAGUGUUCCACCCGCUGCCCAUCUCGACGUCACACCUAAAACAAUUAUUAUAUAAACAACGCCAAUACGAGCACUCAGCAGCCAGACGUUCCACCCCACCCAGUAAUGCAGUUCUCAAGAAAGUUCUUUUGGGGCAGAUGGUCGAGGCAAGACGGAAGGAACACUUUAGUUGUCUCAAAAUGGGACUUGUAACUGGAACGUGAUCCACUGGAGUACCACCAAAUGUUACACUUGUGUUAUAUAAACUGUGUAUUAUUAUUGCUGUUAUUAUGUAUUGGUGUUGUUCUUCAAGUUUGUUAUAUUUGCUGUUCAUUAGAGGAGUUUAUCUUGCAAUAAAGUUGUUGCCUUCA